CAAUUCGGUGGAAAAGUUAUUCUGCGUCGUGAAAAGUAAGACGCAAAUUGCAGAUUUAGCAAAUAACGUGGUUCUGAAUUAACUGUAUCUAUUUACACUAACUUGUGGAGAUUGAGAGCUUUACAUAGUGAAAUGUAUUCAACGGAGUGAUUCGAGAUUCACCUUCACGUGUUCGUUGUUUCGCUUGAAAGUUUAUUUGCCGAUUUAUUAUGCGUUCGUUGACCGCGGUCCACGGGCACCCCCUGCCUGAGCUAGGCGUUCCCUCCAACAUCAACCAGGGCGACGGGAACGGAGACGACAUGGCCGGCGCGCAGGACACCAUCUAUCUCUGCAACUUCCGCGUCUCGGUCGACGGAGAGUGGCUCUGUCUAAAGGAAUUGCAUGACAUGGAAAUGCAGGAUUCCUAUAUAAAGCCUGCCGAGCCGGGCGUUAUCACCUCGCCCGACGAUCCUAUGCAUUCUUUAAUGGCACGUGACCCCGUAGUCAUAGAGCGCAGUAACCUGGUGAAUAUCUCCAAGUUGAUCGUUAAGGAGCUAAUCGAACAAUCGCUCCGAUAUGGACGGAUGUUGGACAGCGACCAUCUGCCGCUGCACCACUUCUUCAUCGUCCUCGAACAUGUCAUGCGUCAUGGACUUAAACCGAAAAAGCAUUUGCAGGGUCUUCUUGGUCCUAAAAAGGAGCUAUGGGAUAUUCUUCAGAUGGUUGAAAAAUACUCGCCAGAAGCAGCCGAUAUUACCGCCAGUGUCCGAGAUCUUCCAACCGUCAAAACCGCAAUGGGGCGUGCGCGCGCCUGGCUCCGACUCGCGCUGAUGCAGAAGCGCCUCGCGGACUACAUGCGACUCCUGCUGGAGCAUCGAGAGGACACGCUCGAGGAAUACUUCGAGCCGCAUGCUCUUAUGCUGAACGACGAGGCUGUGAUCAUCACGGGGCUGCUCGUCGGCCUUAACGUCGUCGACUGCAAUCUGUGUGUCAAGGAGGAGGAUUUGGAUAGCCAGCAAGGCGUGAUUGAUUUCUCGCUGUACCUCCGAGGCAGCAACUCCUCCACCGACCUGACCACCACGACCAACAAUGCCAACACGGAGCCAAAGCAGCGGCACAUCAACACCAUGUUAGAUCAAAAGAACUACAUCGAAGAACUCAAUCGGCAUCUCAACGCAACGGUAGCUAAUCUCCAAGCCAAAGUUGAAAGUCUGACUACAACGAACGCCUUAAUGAAGGAAGACUUAGCAAUCGCCAAAAACACAAUGAUCACUUUGGUCGAGGAGAAUAAUCAAUUAAAACAUGCAUUGGGUCAAGACAUCACUAAAGAUAGUAGGAUGAAAGUAACUGAGCUGCAUUCGGAUGAAGAGGAAAAACGCAGCGUCAAGAGUGUCACGUCUGAUAAGACUAAGAACGAAAAAGAUAGCGAAUUAGGUCGAGUACUGGAGGAAGAAAGGAAGAAAAAUGUAGAGCUGCAAAGAGAACUGGAUUUACAGAUUUCAUUAAAAGCUGAGAUGGAGGUAGCUAUGAAAUUAUUGGAAAAAGACAUACAUGAUAAACAAGACACAAUAAUAUCUCUACGACGACAACUCGAUGACAUCAAAUUAAUUAAUUUGGAAAUGUACAAAAAAUUACAGGAAUGUGAAAGUUCUUUGAAACAUAAAACAGAGCUAAUAGCCAAAUUGGAAGCAAAGACUGAAUCAAUGGGCAGCACGAUACAUCAGCUUGAUGAGAAGUUAAAGGAAGACAAGGCUGCUAGGAAAAGUUUGGAAGAGAGCGCGCGAUCGCUGGGGCAGAAGGCUGCGGCCGCGGAGACGAGAGCAGUGACCGCCGAGGGGGAUCUGAGGAUAGAACGCGAGUGGAGGACUUCGCUUCAGGAAUCGAUGAUACGCGACCGAGACAAAAUAUCAAUGUUGACACAAGAAGUAGAAUCUCUCAAAUCUAUUGGACAGAAAUAUCUAUCCCUACAAGAAGAACAACACCUACUCAAGACCCAAUACAGCGAAGCUCAGAAUACGUUAGAAGAAGUUGGUGCGACGUUAAGCGAGACCAAGCUACAGCUGGCCGAAUUGUUAGAGAAGGAAGCCUUGACGGCCCCCGCCGACGACACGCCGAACUGGACGAGCGACAAGGACGCCACGGUCUGCACGGCCUGUGCCAAAGAGUUCACGAUAGCGAGGCGGAAACACCACUGCAGACGCUGCGGCCACAUAUUCUGCAGCGCGUGCAGCGACAAGUCCGUGGCGCUGGCCGGCAACACCAAGCCGGUGCGCGCGUGCGACGCCUGCUACGCCGAGGUCAGGUUAACGUAGCCGUGGCUUACCUAGGUUACUAUUCAAUUCAUACGGCCACAUUACGCCGAAGCCAGGUCAACGUAGCGUGGAUUACUAGGUUACUAUUCAAUUCUUACAAAUGACUAAAUAACCGUUGGACUUUUAUGGUCGAACGCAAUUUUUAAGCCGUCUUAUUUAGUUAAACGUCUUAAUGUGACUGAAUCGAUUCAGGUUUUAAUUAAAGUCCGUGGCGUUGGCCGGCAACACCAACACCGUGCGCGUGUGAGACGCCUUCUACGCUGAAAUGAGGUUAAGGUAGUCCUUACCUAGGUUAGGUUCAAUCCACAGGAAUGACCAAAUAACCGGUGAACUGAUAUGGUAAAUUUUUAAGCCGUAAUAAUUUUCACGUCUGUCACUCUUCAGUGACAUAAUCGACUCAAAAGGUUAAUUUUUGGAAGAACACUUCACUGGCAGCGAAACGAAUCGAGUUUGAGAAUAUUUAUUUUGUUCGGGAUCUUUGGUCAUUGAAGCCCAUACUAGUGUUCAUUGCGAAUAUACCAACGAGUAAAAUAAUAGCUAGAUUAAACGCGGAUUAGCGGUAUCUCAAAUCAAAAUUGAAUGAAAACAUAUAUCGUCGGACGACGUUAAGUUUUCACGCCAAGUGCUAUGUCAAGUAUGGAGCUUAUAGAGAUGCAUUGCAAAUUUAGCUUGGUUACAGUCUACCUUAAGUUCUCUUAAAAUUCAAUUUUCAAAUAAAUUUGAUUUAGAGAUUCUGCUAUUGGGCUUAUGAGGGCAGAAUGCCUAUUAAUAAGAUAAUAUUAUAUACCUAGUAUAGCCAUAAAUUCUGUUACAAAGAUAAUUGUCUACUAUGACUAUGAAUUAAAAGAUUAUUUUAUGAAUUUAAGGUACUAAAUAACACAAUAAAUAGGCUUUAUAUAAGCGUGCCUAUCUCACUAAAAUAGGUACCCCUAAAAAGGCUUUUUAAUUAAAUUUUAAAUAUAUACAAUAUUUAAAAUUUAAUUAAAAAGCCUUUUUUAUUAGGGUUCCGUACCCGAAGGGUAAAAACGGGACCCUUUUACUGAGACUCCUCUGUCCGUGUGUAUGUCUGUCUGUGUGUCUGUAUCUCAUGAACAGUGAUAGCUAGACAGUUAAAAUUUUCACAGAUGAUGUAUUGCUGUUGCCGCUAUAACAACAAAUAUAAAAACAGAAUAAUAUAAAUAUUUAAGUGGGGCUCUCAUACAACAAACGUGAUUUUUUUGCCGUUUUUUGCGUUAUGGUACGGAACCCUUCGUGCGCGAGUCCGACUCGCACUUGUCCGGUUUUUUAUUUCAUGGUUGUUCUGUACAGUUUAAAUUGUAACAGAACUUAUGGCUAGACCAAGUAGUUAUUAAAGGAAGUUUGAAUAUGAGAGCAUAAGUCUUUUACUAUAGGUAAAUUCAUUAAUGCUGG